UGCAUAGUCAUUCCCUCACCGCCUCACCCCCUUAGUGGUUGUCCUCAUUCCUAUCCCAGGCGGACAUCCAUCUUGCCCUCCUCCCUCUCCACUAGCAGCCUCAUGGUCUCUCCUGAUCAGGCCCUGACCGCUCCUCCGUCAAGGAGAACACCACUGGCUCGUCGAAGCUCAGGACGUUUGACUACUAGUGUGCUGGACCCCCACCAGCCUUGGCAACAGUUCCUUAGUCAAGCUGAGGAGCUCUGCGGUACCUAUGACGCCCACAACAUAUCUGUGUCAUGCUGGGUCAGCCAAGUCCUGCCCGUUGUCGGAUCACCUAAAUCUCCUUGCGAGGAAAAGAACGCUGCCUGUGCUUCUUCGUAUAUCUCCGUUAUGUCUAUGCGUUAUACAAGUCUCUACACCUCAUCAACCAACAACCCGGUCUCUUCAUCGAGCAUCACUGCUACCUCCACUUCGCAUACUCUAUCAUCCACCCCGCCAGGCACAUCGGCGAACAGUCCAACCUCAGUGACUCAAGUCGCUACAAGCUCUAACGACACCACUUCGACAGCUGCUAGUCCAGGAGGGACAGGUGGGGCCAGUGCCGGUGACUCGCAGGGUGCCCCUUCAAUUCCCGCAUCGAUCGUCUCUACGCCGUCCGAAGACAGUCCUACAACAGGCCCACCCGCAGAGACGGACUCGUCUUUAAAUGCUCUAGGACCCUCGCCCUCAGCCGUCGCGCAUGGCGGUUCGCCACACUCCGGACUGCCAAGCAAUGCCACAACGAGCACACGCCUAUCCGCAUCCAAGUCCUCUCCCAACGCGGGCGCGAUCGCAGGCGGGGUCACCGGCGGCCUCCUAAUAAUCGCGCUCCUCGGCGCCCUAGCGUUCUUCUUCCGCCGUCAGCGGCGCAAAGCGCGCAUACCGCCUUCCGCCGAGUUCAUGCACAUGGCCCGUGGGGGCGCGGGGGGCCCAGAACUAGCGUUCGUGUCCUUCGACCCCGACACCCCAACAAAGCACAUACCGCUCGCGCGACAGAGCUCGAUCGAGGACGACGAGCGGCCGCCUGCUUUCACGCCCGGGAGCUACUCGGACCCUAUUCUCGAAAAGGUGCACGCGUCCGCGGCGAUGCGCGACCAGUAUGGUGUUGGGCACGAGGAGGGCGGCUUUGAGGCGUAUUAGGGAAGGAGGGACAUUCGAAGUUCGAAAGGGGAUGGAGGCAUGGCGCGGUGUUCGUUCAUUUUAGUUGCUCUUCGCCCAGUCUAGUCGCUGCUCUUGCGUUGCGCGACCUCCCACUCGUUCUUGGUUUACAUACCCCAGAGAUCUGAAGCUGUAAGUUAUUCGCUCCUUGUCUAGGUGCCAUAUCUUGUACUCUAUACCGGACGUUGUUGUACAUGUAUGCAUGCAUGCUAUC